AGGAGGGCUGUCCAGCUGUAAUUGUCGAGGAAGUACCCAGCGCCCAGGUGGAGGAGUGUUACUCGGCCCAGGUGCUGGUCUACGAUGAUGAGACAUAUCUGAUGCAGGACGUGGCUGAGGAGCAGGAGGUGGUCACCGAAGUGGCUGAGACUGUGGAGAUGUCAGGUCAUGUGUGUUUCGACAAAACGUUUGAAGCAGCUGAAGCUCUUCUCCACAUGGAGUCUCCUGGAGGACUGCACAAUGAGCGCAACACAGAGGAUGUGAUGAUGGAGACUGUGGUGGAGGUGUCUACAGAGUGUGGCUCUAUAGAGGAGGAGUCCUUCCCCAUCGCUCCUGAAUGUGAGCCUGCAGCCAAAAAGAAGAGAGGAGGUGGACGUAAGCCCAAGACACACCAGCCUGCUUCCAAUGGAUCCUUCGACCUGGGGAUCAAGAAGAGGCCGAGAGAAGGCAAAGGCAACACCACCUAUCUGUGGGAAUUUCUGCUGGAACUGCUGCAGGAUAAAAACACCUGUCCUCGAUACAUCAAGUGGAUGCAGAGAGAGAAGGGCAUCUUCAAGCUGGUUGACUCCAAAGCAGUGUCCAAGCUGUGGGGGAAACACAAGAACAAGCCCGACAUGAACUAUGAGACCAUGGGCCGAGCCCUGAGGUAUUACUAUCAACGUGGCAUCCUGGCGAAGGUGGAGGGUCAGCGUCUGGCCUAUCAGUUUAAAGACAUGCCCAAGAACAUCCGGGUGAUAGACGACGAGGGAGAGGGCGAGGAGGUGGAGGACAGUGAAGGCAUGAUGUCAAGCCAGCACCUGGCUCACCAGCAAGGCCCUGUCAGCCUGGGCACCAAUUCCCCUGCUGCCACCCAGCCUCAGCAGACCUACGUCACUGUCAUCCCCAGCAACGCUGCCAACAGGCCCAUCCGAGCCAUGCCAGUGGUUAUGACCAACUCACUAGGUCAGGUGACGUUAAACUCCUCCUCCAUUCUCACCACUACCACAGGAGUCCCUGUAACGGUAGCUAAUGCCUCGGGCGGCGCUCCCCCCAAACUGGUGAUCCAGGCCCUGCCCACUAUGCUGCCGGCCGGGUCUAAAGCAGGAGAGAAGAUCACCAUCAUCACCAUCCCAGCCAACCAGCUGGCCACGCUCAUGCAGGCCAACUCGUCAGGCCAGAUCACUCAGCUCAUCCAGGCCAAACCUCUUGCUGCACAGCUAGCGCAGGCUGCCACUAAACCUGCCGCCUCUACAGUCCAGCUAACGGCUGGCCGAUCGGCGCCGCACCUCAUCCUGGCCAAACCGGCGGUGGUGGCCCAGCCAUUGCCUCAGCUCUCUGUCCAGGUGAGCCAGCCUCACUCUGCCCUGUCCAAAAGCCCAUCCCCCUCCCCAGUUCUGAAGCCCCCCAGUCAGCCUGAAGCAGCACAAUCAGAGGCAGCAGAGGUUCUGCCCCCGUCCAGCCUACCAGCAGCAUCAACUGAAACCCCAUCAUCAUGAGAGCUCCACCCUGAGUGGGGGCCACCGGUGGGGUGGUGUACAGGAAGUGACUGUGGACACUGCUGAGCAAGUGCAGGACACGUCCUAUACAGUACCCCUCACUCUAUGGAGCUGCUGCAGCCCCAGUAAGGAUUAAAGAGACUGGUGCACAAACGCACGCACACGCACGCACGCACGCACACACACACACACACACAGAUCCUUCAGAGCUUAGAGCCUUAGAUUGUAAAGAAAAAAACAUUUCUUUUUUGUAAUCAAACGUAAUAUAAAAAGCCUGACAAGACUUUGUUGUAAAUGUAAAAAAAAGCAUUUUUGAUACUCUACCCGUAUGCAUCAGUACAGCUGUAGUUUGUUCCUCUGUUUCCUCCUCUGUUGUAGUCUUUAAUGGUUUGCAGAGUUCUCUUACUCCACAACACUGUCCCCUCUCCUAAAUCUUGGCAUUGUGUUUUUUUUUUUACUGUGCAUAAAAAUGGAGUAAGGAUGUCUGCAUCAGGAUUAAAGAACUAAAUGGUCUUUCA